AGGCAAUUGAUUUUUGUCUUGAACGAAUACCUACACUAAUCAACGACACUACACACUACAGACGACAAGCAGGUGAAAUACACACAUCAACACUACAGACGACAAGCAGGUGAAAUACACAUAUCGACACUACAGACGACAAGCAGGUGAAAUACACACACCGACACUACACACUACAAGCAGAUGACCCACAGAGUUAGACAGCACGAUAUCCAAAGCGUGAACAAUUAAAAUUUGAACACGCAAUGAAUGAUGAUACAACAUGCAUGAAUAAACACUACCAAACCCACACACACAACAGACCCUGCCAUCCAUCCCUCGCACACACGCUCCGUCCCUCUCGCACACAGACCCUCUCGCACACAACACACAGAUUCUCUCGCACACAGCACCCUCGCAAACCCGCACACACAACAGACCCUGCCCUCCCUCUCUCAUCGUGUGCUGGCCAACGCCCUUCGCACACCCUCCUCGACGCCCUCCCUCACGCCCUCCUUGACGGCUUCCUUGAUGGUGAGCUUGAGCAUGUCGGUAGACAACUCGCUGACCGCCGUGUUGGUGUGUGCUGACUCGCUGACCACCGGAGCUGGUGGUGCAGUGUAUGGUGACGGCUGCGGUUGUCGUUCGUCUUUCGUGACCUCUGACGCAUCCUGACAACAUACAAAAGAUACACACACACACAUAUGUACACACACACACACACAUAUGUACACACGUGCUUCGCCACUCCAUACAUACAUGUACAUGUGCUACUCCUGUAUUCACCUGCAUCUGCGUCUCGUCCAGUGCUGCGACGAUCGACUCGUGGUUGUCGGGCGUGUCCACACACCAUCCAUACUCGAUACGGGCACGCUUGAUGAUGGUCAGUUGCUGCAAACACACACACAACACAGAGGUGAACACACUUGCACGCCCAUGUGCUGCUGUGGUCUCCUUUCUCACCUCAUCAAACGCAUCCAGCAUGCACUUGGCACAGACAAAGCCCUUCUUGCCCGUGUGCUUGGAGGCCGUGAACUCCAGCAUCGACGCAAGCAGUGGGUUGUCGGUUGUUGUCUUCCACUUGGUGGGGUUGUGGUCAGCACACACACGAGCCGAUCUGGUGCCGUCACGACAGCGAGGGGAACAGCACAUAAUGCUGGUCUUGGUGAGGGACUUGGAACACCCGCCGGUGAUGUCAUACUUGUGCAUCACGCACGGCUCUCCCUCGAUGUAGCGGUACGUGUCGCUCGUGUUGACGAAAUUGAGGAAGGCGGUGCCGAGAAUGUCCUUGACCAUUCCGUCAGGGUUCUCUAUCAUGUCGUCCUUGCUCCUGCCAUCGGCGAGGGGUGCGUGGAAGUGCGGACAGAACGUAAUGGGCGUCGUUUGCCCGCCGAGGUUGAUAGUCGAGGUCUCACGCCACCCGAGAGGGGGAAACUCCGUGCGUUUGGGAGCCAUCGAUGUCUUGCGAGCUUACAACUGAGCUUGCCACGCCUUUCUGCCACUCCAUCUGUCAGAAGUGCAAGUC